AGGAGCGUUUCUGGAACUGGCUUCUGCAUGUUGUCAUCUUGUGUGCGCCUGGGUCCUAUGACAGCCCGACUUGUGGAUUCUCUGACCCGCAGUUCCUCCCGUUCCUUCAUGGAUUUGAAGGCUCUCCUCUCCUCCCUGAAUGACUUCGCGUCUCUCUCGUUUGCGGAGAGCUGGGACAAUGUUGGGUUACUGGUGGAGCCAAGCCCGCCACACACUGUGAACACACUCUUCCUGACCAAUGACCUGACGGAAGAGGUGAUGGAGGAGGCACUACAGAAGAAGGUAGAUCUCAUCCUCUCCUACCACCCACCCAUCUUCCGCCCGCUGAAGCACAUCACCUGGGCAACGUGGAAGGAGCGCCUGGUGAUCCGUGCGCUGGAGAACCGCGUGGGCAUCUACUCUCCCCACACAGCCUACGAUGCUGCCCCCCAGGGCGUCAACCACUGGCUGGCUAAAGGACUUGGACCUUGCACCUCCAGGCCCAUACGUCCUUCCAAAGCUCCCAACUGCCCCACAGAGGGAACCCACCGAGUAGAAGUCAACGUUAACCACAACCGAGACCUGGACAAAGUCAUGUCUGCAAUGAAAGGCAUUGUAGAUGUUUCUGUUACUUCUUUCUCUGCUAGGAUUGACGAUGAGGAACAAACACGGAUCAGUCUGAAUUGUACUCAGAAGGCUUUGAUGCAGGUGGUGGCUUUUCUCUCUCAGAACAAGCAAAUUUAUCAGAAGACUGAAAUUCUGUCAUUGGAGAAGCCUUUGCUUCUGCAUACUGGAAUGGGACGGUUAUGCACGCUGGAUGAAUCUGUCACCCUGGCCGCCAUGAUUGACCGAAUCAAAAGACACCUGAAAUUAUCUCAUAUUCGCUUAGCUCUUGGGGUAGGGAGGACCUUAGAGUCCCACAUCCAUGCUGUGGCCCUGUGUGCUGGUUCCGGGAGCAGCAUUCUGCAGGGCAUAGAGGCCGACCUUUACCUCACAGGUGAGAUGUCCCACCAUGAUGUUCUGGAUGCUUCUUCCCGAGGAAUAAGUGUCAUCCUCUGUGAACAUAGCAACACUGAACGAGGUUUUCUUUCUGACCUUCGAGAUAUGCUGGGUGCUCACUUGGAGAAUAAGAUAAAUAUCAUCCUGUCAGAGACAGACAGGGACCCUCUUCACAUAGUAUAACACAGAAACACCAGGAUAACAGUCUAUAAAUCAAUUGGGUCCCAACUAUAGUUCUUAACAGGAGUCUAUGGAGUUGCUUUCCUUCCAGGAGAGUGUCUUAGAAUGUGUUAUCAUUUCUAGUGUUUUAAUCUGGCUCACCAAAUGUCCUAUAGCUGUGUUAUUCCAUUUUGUGCUGCUAUAAAGGAAUACCUGAGAUUGGGCAAAUUAAAAGAAAAGAGUUAUAUUUGGCUUACAGUGCCAGCAUCUGGGCUUCUAGUGAGAUUUCAGGAAGUUUACAAUCGCAGCAGAAGGUAGAGAGGGAGCAGGUGUGUCACAUGGUGAGAGCAGAAGCAGA